AUGAAGGAGCUAGAAGAAAUCCACAAGUGUGGGAUGAAAAACUUCUGUAACAUCCAGGUUGAUGAAGCUAGUUUAUUGACUUGGCAAGGGUUUAUUGUCUAUGAAAACCCAUCAUGCGAUAAGGGAGCCUUCAGAAUUGAAAUCAACUUCCCAGCAGAUUAUCCAUUGAAAUCAACUAAGAUCUCCUUUAAAACAAAGAUUUACUACCCUAACAUGGAUGAAAAAGGGCAGGUCUGUCUGUCAGUAAUUAGUGCCGAAAACUGGAAGGCAGCAACCAAAACUGAGAGAGUCAUCCAGUCCCUCCUAGCACUAAUGAGCAACCCCCAGCCUGAGCACCCACUUCAGGCUGACCUAGCUGAAGAAUCGUGA